UCAACAAAGGUCAACCAGUGGCUCAGUUGGAAUAUUCAUGGAUAAUAGAGAGUCUGAUGUACUUGACGAAUUGUACACGACCAUACUUGGCCUAUCCAGUGAAUAAGUUGUGCAGGUUUACGAGCAAUCCUAGUCAUGAGCACUGGAAUACUUUGAGAAGGGUAAAGUGCUUGAGGUACGCCUUUGAAUACGAGCUAAAAUACUCAAGAUACCCAGUCGUACUUGAAGGGUACU